UCUUUAGGAGCUGGCGAUUUGUCAUUGGGUAACUCAGCGCUGUCUAUAGGCUUCGUCUUACACAGUUGAGAAGAGCAUUCUCGAGCUCCCUUCGAAUAUAUCCGAUACGCGACUCGCCACUUCUUCCGAGUUACCGGUGACCGAAACUUCACAUUCAGCUUCUCAGUAUCACUCUCAGGGAGAGAGAUAUAGGCAGAUUGGUGAAAUUUUGUUUGUAUAAGCGAAGUGAAAAAGUAACAGAAAUGAAAUCCAAGAGAGAGAAUGAUGACUUGGUGGAGGAGGAAGGGUUUGCUUCUGAAUCGAAGAGGCGGAAAGUGGUGGAGGAGGAGUCAUCUCCCUCGCCGCCUCCUCUUCCCAUAGCGAAUCCUCUUGCCGGACUAGCGAAUUAUGAUGACGAUGAGGAGGAGGAAGAAGAUGAGAGGCAUAGGCGUGCUGAGCAAAAUAGCGAUAGAAAGGAAGGUGGUCAACAAGAUGAUGAUGACGAUGACGACAACGACGAUGACGAUCAACAUGAGCAAGCAUACAGUCAAGGAAAGCGAAGCCGUGAGGUGGAGCGCCGGAGGGACUGUCCUUAUCUUGAUACCGUUAAUCGACAGGUUUUGGAUUUUGAUUUUGAGAAGUUCUGCUCUGUGUCUCUCUCGAAUUUGAAUGUGUAUGCCUGUUUGGUCUGUGGGAAGUACUACCAAGGAAGAGGGAAAAAGUCUCAUGCAUAUACUCACAGCCUCGAAGCAGGGCAUCAUGUUUACAUCAAUCUUCGGACUGAACAGGUUUAUUGCCUUCCCGAUGGUUAUGAAAUUGACGACCCUUCAUUAGAUGACAUUCGGCAUGUUCUGAAUCAAAGGUUUACUAAAGAACAAGUUGAACAACUUGACAAGAACAAGCAAUGGUCUAGGGCACUUGAUGGUUCUGAUUACCUCCCAGGAAUGGUGGGCCUUAACAACAUCAAGGAGACAGAUUUUGUGAAUGUCACAAUACAAUCUUUAAUGAGAGUUACUCCUUUAAGAAAUUUUUUUCUUAUCCGUGAAAAUUAUAAACACAGCAAAUCUUCACUUGUUCAUCGAUUUGGAGAACUCACACGGAAGAUUUGGCAUGCACGGAACUUUAAAGGACAGGUGAGCCCGCAUGAGUUUCUGCAGGCAGUUAUGAAAGCCAGUAAAAAACGGUUUCGGAUAGGCAUGCAGUCUGACCCAGUUGAAUUCAUGUCAUGGCUUCUUAACACACUGCAUGCUGAUCUUAAAACAAAGAAAAAUAAAAGCAUUAUCUAUGAUUGCUUUCAGGGCGAAUUGGAGGUUGUGAAAGAGAUCCAUAACAAAGCUUUUACUGAGAAGAAAGAAAGCAGUGAUGACCAGAUUGCUGUUUCAAAACUCACAGAUGGUGGAAUUAAACAUGAUGCGGAUGUGGCAGAAACUUCCAGAAUGCCGUUCCUAAUGCUUGGACUGGAUUUGCCCCCACCUCCUCUUUUCAAAGACGUGAUGGAGAAAAAUAUAAUACCCCAGGUUCCACUCUUCAACAUCCUGAAGAAGUUUGAUGGUGAAACUGUCACUGAAGUUGUCCGUCCUCGUAUAGCAAGGAUGAGAUAUCGCGUUACCAGAUUGCCACAGUAUCUUAUUCUUCACAUGCGUCGAUUUACAAAGAACAACUUUUUUGUGGAGAAGAACCCUACAUUAGUCAACUUUCCUGUGAAGAACCUGGAGUUGAAGGAUUACAUACCCUUGCUGACGGCCAAGGAGAAUGAGAAAUUGCGGUCAAAGUAUGAUUUGAUUGCUAAUAUUGUUCAUGAUGGUAAACCUAACGAAGGGUUCUACCGGGUAUUUGUACAACGGAAGUCAGAAGAAUUAUGGUAUGAGAUGCAGGAUCUGCAUGUUUCAGAAACACUUCCUCAAAUGGUUGCACUCUCUGAGGCCUACAUGCAGAUUUAUGAGCAGCAGCAGUAAUAUUGGACUUCAAGUCCCAUUGUUGAAUGUGUAACGGCUGUGUUUCGAGUUCAGAUAACCGUAAUUUAUUUUUCAACACACAGGUGGUGAAACAUGAUAAGAGUGAGGGUUGAAAUUAUUGAUCUUUUGAAGUGGUUGAUUUGUCAAUAUGGAGGAAGCUGCCUGACUGAAGGAAAAGUAAGGGCUAUCAUCUUUUGGUCUCCCAAAGUUUUGACUGUAAAACCACCCAUACAUUGUUUUAGAAGAAUUCUAAUAGGCUAAAUAUUGUAGUGUUAGAAUUGUUGACACUUCUAUGUUAGUGUUUACUAUUUGUUUGCAAUGACUAUACUCUUGAUUAAUCUAAGAAAAGAAUUUGAAAAUA